CCUAAAAUCACCCUCUCUGUUUUUCGGAGGCAGCCAUUGACAGGUGAGAACAAGUCUCGAUUUGGGUUUUGCUGUGUAGUGAUGAUGAUCAACGGUCGGCACAAGAACAAGUUCGCUUGGAAACCCAACGCCGGCGUCAAAAUCAACGAAACCGAGGUCGGAGGCCGGUUCCGGCCGCUGUCGGAGAUCACCGGCGUCUGCCAACGCUGCAAGGAACAGAUCGAGUGGAAGCGCAAGUACGGCAAGUACAAGCCCCUAACGGAACCGACCAAGUGCCAACGUUGUACCAAACGCGCCGUCCGCCAGUCCCACCACAAGCUCUGUCAGCCUUGCGCCAAGGAACACGGCGUCUGCGCCAAGUGUUGUUGUCGCAACGAGCGGAUCGUCGGGAAAGACCCCGCCGAGAUUGAAGCCGAGCAGAAGGAGCUCCAGGAGGCUAUCAAGAAUGCAAGAGAGAGGGAUAGGAGGACUCUGCUAAGAGCUAUGAAUGCAGGUAAAUCGAUGAAGACUGCGACUGAGAAAGAAGAGAAGGGAGACAAGGCUGGGGAUUCGGCGCUCUCUGCUUUGCUAGAGGAACAUGCAGAGGCAACUAGAGAUGAUGAGGGUGAUUCUGAUGGUGAUGAUGAUGAUGAUGAAGAAGAAGAAGAGGAGGAUGAGGAGGGUGUUCGUAAUUAACAUAGGUGCAGGUCUUUGUACUAUCAGUCACAUUUUGGACAAAAUGAGAAUUAACAAUCUUCAACCACAUGAAGAUCUUGAAGAAUUUAAUAGAUUUUUAGUAGAAGUGAUUUCGUAUAAUGUUUGGACUCAUCAAUUUUGUACAAGUGCUUACGCACUCUGAAAAUGUUGUUAUGUGUUUAUUUAUCGAUUGAGUUCGAUAUGAGUUUCUAUUGUGAAGCAGCUCUUGUUUUAGUCUCAUGAAAAUCUGCACGAGUCUCCAUUUCUCU